CACCUAUAACACAUUUUCCACACUAUCAACUUUACAGUUUAAGUUACAUCUUUACAAAAUGUUCAUAAUUCAUCAGGAAUAAACGCUAGCUAACUAACGGUUCAAGUACAGCGCUUUUAUUUUGACAUGUUUUUAUUUAAACGGAAGUCGUGUGUUCUUCUAACCGUCGCUCGCUUGACCGGUUGAUUCCAGUAAACUGUGAGGCGGUGAUAAGAGAGUAACCGACCGGAGGCGGAGCUCCAGAGUCCGGCUGGUGUGGGUGAUUCACGGUGGAGGGUUAACGGUAAGAUGAGCGGCGGUGACCGAGCAGAGCGCGUCAUGAUGGGACUGAACAUGGUCUCACUGUGGCUGACUUUAGUUUGUGUGGUGCAGACCUCUGGGAUGUUGGCUCACGUGGACAGAUACGAGGUGGUCCGACCUCGGAGACUUCAGGGGAGACACCAGAGAAGCCUGCAGGACAAUCAGCUUUAUCCUGAUACGGUUCAGUACGAGUUGACCAUUGAAGGGAGGAACCACACAAUUCAUCUGGAAAAAAACAGGAAUCUUAUUGGGAGAGGCUACACUGAAACACACUAUUCAGAAGAUGGAAAACGGGUGACAGUAUCACCAAAUGAGGAGCACUGCUACUAUCACGGUCAUAUUGAAGGCAUGAAGGACUCUUCAGUCAGCGUUGGGAUUUGUUCGGGCAUUAGUGGCUUUGUGAGAGCCCAGCAGCAGGUUUACCUGAUCGAGCCUCUGGGACAAUCUGAGGACGGCGGUCAUGCAGUUUACAGACAGGAGCACCAGAAGAUCAGCAGCAGCUCCUCCUCCAACAACAUCACCUUAAUGUACGACCGGGAACAGGACGAGGACCAGGACCAAGGCCCUGGGCUCUCUGGCCUCUUCAAGUCCAGAUCAUGGAAAACGCCCUUCAAAGGUCCACAGAGGUUUGUCGAGCUGUUUGUGGUGGUGGACUACACUGAGUAUAUGCGAUAUGGAAGCCAGACUACAUCCCGUAUUCUUGGAACUAUUAAUCACGUUGACCAGAUGUAUCGACCUCUGAACAUCCGCGUCAUGCUGGUGGGCUUGGAGAUUUGGACGAAUAGAGACCACAUUGACGUUGACACGAAUCCGGAGACUACCCUGGACAAUUUCCUCCUGUGGCGGCGGGCCGACCUUCUGCCGAGGACGAAGCACGACAACGCCCAGCUUGUGACUGGCAAAGAUUUUGAAGGAGAUACAGUCGGACUGGCAAAUAAGUUUGCCAUGUGUACUGGAAACUCAGGUGGAGUCAGUCAGGAUCACAAUGAUAGCCCAAGAGGCCUCGCCUCCACCAUCGCUCAUGAGAUGGGACAUAAUUUCGGCAUGUCCCAUGAUACCAUACGUUGUAGGUGCGGUCCAUCUCUCAGCCUUGACAGCUGUCUGAUGGCAGGCCAGCUCAGGACAGCAAGUCAAGGGUUCCCGGAGUUUUUCAGCAGGUGCAGCUUUGAGCAGCUCGCUGAUUACAUGGAGCGCGCUCAGCCCACCUGCUUGUUCAGGCCCAGCUCCAGUACGAUCAUCGCUCUGGGCCCGAGCUGCGGCAACGCCAUGCUGGACCCCGGAGAGGAGUGCGACUGUGGCACAGCGAAGGAAUGCAAAAACCCUUGUUGCGAUGCCUCGACUUGUCGCCUGACUGAAGGAUCCCAGUGUGCUCACGGACAAUGCUGUGACAACUGCCAGCUCAAACUGGCUGGAAGUGUGUGCAGGAAGUUGGACGGCGACUGCGACCUGCCUGAAUACUGCACCGGAGCGUCGGGGGACUGUCCCGAAGAUAGCUUUGAGAUGAACGGCAAGUCGUGCUACGAGAAGGCGCAGGGCUACUGCUACAACGGACAAUGCCCCACACAUCAGCAGCACUGCUGGAGGCUGUUUGGACCAGGGGCCAGAGUCGCAUCAGACUUUUGUUUUAACCUGAACCGACGGGGCCUAGAAGGUGCUAACUGUGGAGUGAGCCAGUCCGGCUACACCCCGUGCACUGCAGAGAAUGUGAAGUGUGGAGCCAUGUUUUGCGAAGGAGGCGGCGUGUCCAUCACAGGUAGAAGGGCAACCUACACCGUGUUCAACAUCGAAUGUAAACUAGCCGUGGAUGAAGACAAGACCAGAAACUUCAACAUGGUGCCAAAAGGAACCAGAUGUGGACCGAAUAGGGUUUGCCUUGACUACAGAUGUGUGGAUAUGGCAGUUUAUGGGAAAAGGGAGGAUUGCGCAAAGAAAUGCAACAACAAUGGGGUGUGUAAUCACAAGAGAGAGUGCCACUGUAAUCCCGGCUGGGCCCCACCUUACUGCGACAUCAAGUAUGCAAAUUUAUCUCAAGGUCAGAGCGGGAUAAUAGCUGGUGUGUGUGCAGCGCUCUUCAUCCUGCUGGUGAUCAUCGCGGUGACUGCCGGCCUCAUGUGCUGUAAAAAGGGCAACCGGUACAACUGCAUCUCCAAAAGUAAAGAGCAUCCAGCUCCAUGCCAGUUGAACCCGAUGUUUCAGGAGUUGACUGUUCAAGAGAGACCUCAGAUCAGUCAGCCCACAUUCAUGCAAUCGACAGCAACACAAGCCUGCGCUCCUCUGAUUGUUCCUGUGAGUCCCAGCAGAGCCGCUCCACAGCCACCAAAGAAACUGCCUUCAGCGUCGCCUACCUCACAGACUGAGCCGACGAAACCUCUACCUCCAUCUAAACCUCUACCUCCUCUCAGUAAAGCACAGUUUAAGGCAGCCAAACUGAGUCCUCCUCCUGUACCUCCAGUCAAGCCCAGCCCUCCUUCUCCUCCUCCUCCCACAGCGAAGCCACGACCUCACAGACUCACAUGAACGUCUCAUUAAAAGUCUCAGGAUUUUACCAAA